AAAUGCAGUAGUAUAAGGGUUGUAUUUGAAUUCUUUUUCAAAACGGGACAAAUUCAAAAUAACACAAGUAAAAUCGUUUUACAGAGCGAGUAUUGACUAGCUUUGACAACCUCAUUACAUUUCAUAUGUCGAAUCCAACUAACCGAUUUUAAGAUUGUCUAUUUAGAACAAACUUUUAAGAACAGAACAGAAUAAGCAUUCAUUUAUAGUUCGCAAUGAAUGAGGACUGUUUUUUUUUAAACGAGAAGAUUUGAAAAUACUUUAAUGGCUCUAAAUGGAUGGCACAUUCAUUUAAUCGAUUCAUCAAAUUGAUUAUUUUAAUAAAUGAUUUUGAAACUGAACACACACUGCAAUGGUAUGAAUAUUGGAUGAUUGAUACGAUCUGGGUAUACACACUGACGGAACGUGCUGAUAAAAACAACACACACGCAGCGUUGUUUCUUUAUAUUACGAAUGUAACAAGAGACUAAAUGAACAAGGCUUAACAGUAAGCUGGUAUAAAAACAUAAACAAUGAUUAACAAAAUCUGAGCGUGAAGCCUUUCAACACCAUAAUACCAUUAUUGCAAAACGUAAUUUGAAUAAUUCAUCCUAUGAUUUCCUUCACAAAAGAUGAAUUAAUGAACAGGCCAGAGCGAGUGUACCUUUCUACUCUAUUUGCGAUAAAUUGAUCUCCUUUAACAGAAUAUUGAAAUAGCCGAGUUUCAUUGUAGAGAUGGACAAUUUCAAUCAAUACUUUCCUUUUUAAAUGCUUGUGUUAUAUGUGAACAAAUUACGAUCUUUUAAUCACUUGAAAUAUAAUUACACAAAUGUUGACAUACGAUUGUUACUCAAAGGCAAAUAUCCAUCGAGAUAUUGAAAACAUUCUGGAGAACUCUUUGUGACAUAUUGAAUGAUUUAAAAAUUUUUUAUUGAAAAAGCAAUUCGUACAAAUGACGGUCGUUGAAAUUAUUGACAACGACUGGUGCAUUCUAAGGAGCUGGGUAAAUUUUUUUGUGAAGUCAGGAACCUAUUGUAGAAAAAAGAAAACAUUGGUGUAAAUUUCACCGAAGUCUCAAAUCAUACUGAAAUAAUGAAGAAAUCGGGUGACUUUGUUUUGCAGUCAAAUGGAAUGAGCACCAUGGCUGCAUCAUUUACAUCGACACAGAAUGGUCUAGAGAGAUGGAAACUGUCUCGUGAGCUUCAACAAAUUGAAUGCGAAGAAUAUUUUACACGGAUAAAUAAAGGCCGGGAAAUUCAUAAGCUAAAAGAUUUGGUAAUGGAAUAUGUAGCAACAGGUUGUGUCUUCAGACAACAUCGAUUUGAAAAAUAUGACCCUUUUCGGAAAGGAGACAGAGUUUAUAAUGGAGAGAUAAAGCGUCCGUUUUACAAAACGAAAAGGGGAAGCGUUUCUCAAUCAUCGAUGACCACAAAUGACCAAUUGAUAUCACCAAAGCUGGAAAGAAGCAAAACAGCGAUAGAGGAAUUGUCUCGAGACGUCAGAGAAUUACCGCUGAUGCAUCAGAGUUUGCCGAAUAUAACAAAACCAAUGGAAAGACCACUGACAAUACAAGACGAUUCCACCGGAAGUGACGAUCAGGAUGUAUCAUAUCAAAUACGCAGUAAAAGUGUUGCAGAUUGUGAUAGUGAAAAUGCCGAGUUUCAAAGGACAACAGCGUGCUUUUUACCUACGAUAAAGCGUGUUGCAUUAUGGGAACAAACUAAUAACGACCACAAGGAGGAAGAGAAAAAUGAGAGAAUACGUCAUAGGAAACAUCAACCCAUCUUGAAGGCUGAAUUUCAGAAAAUGUUUCCGGGAAACUGUAAAACUACCUACUCAAUGAGGAGGUUUAUAGACAAGGAAACCAAACACGUUCUCCGUGAUAUAGACACGAUUCCGAGGAAACGGAACAGCAGGGAGCAUGCGCAAUUAAUGAAACAGUCUCAGAUGCCAGACUUUAUUGACAGACACAAGACGACGUCUGCCAUACUGAGAGACUUCCGCUCUAUUAGAAGACAUUUACACGUAACGGAAGACAAAAUUGACAAGCAGCCAAUGACCGAAGCUGGAUAUAACCACGUGCUUCGUUUUCUUGAGCUUGCUGAUUCUUUUGAAAGCUGAAAGAUCAUAACUUACAUGUAUAUUCCUUGUCAAGAAAUUUGUGUUGAAUCGCAUUUCCAUAUCAUCAAUUUAAAAAAGAAAACGCACAUAAACUAUUAGCAUUGCGAAUUAGCUGUUUCAUCUACUGUGAUCUCAUUUGAUGGAUGCUAAACACUAAUAUAUACAUGUAUAUCCCGUACAAUUCUUGUAAUUGGGAAUUAAGAUAUUUUUAAAAUAGCAAGUGUUUUGCAAUUGCAUUUUCAUCAGGAAUUGAGGAUUUAGUUUCAUUUCCAUUCAGCGCACAGGAUUAUGAACAAUUACGUCACACAUAACUGAUAUCGGCGUCCGAAGUUUAAUAUGGAUUGUUUCCAGCACGCUUUGUUGCAAGAUAAAUUGAAAAUAAACAUACAAAAAUCGA